AUGCACGCACGUGACUGGUUUAUGGUGUUCCUCGCCGUUCUUCUUCCCCCACUUCCAGUGGCAGUGAAGAGGGGCUUUUCUAUGGACUUGCUUAUCAACGUGUGCCUUUCCAUUUUCGUAUAUCUCCCAGGAUUGAUUCAUGCGCUAUACAUCAUAUCCAAAUAUCCCGAGCCGGAAUCGCAUGUGCACCUUGGCGAACACGAUCAACCGCAAGGGUAUGGAGCCGUAUAA